ACAGACAACAUUGCAUUAAACAAGAUCGCCUCGCAGCAGUAUUCGUUUCCCAACACACGAUGGGGAGCAGAUAGAGCAGUGGAUGGUCGGUAUUCAAUCCGGAGAGCUACCGGAGGACAGUGUACAUUGUCCGGCAUCGAAAAACAAACUGCAACCUGGUGGGUGGAUCUAGGAGGAGUACUCAGUAUAUAUCAUAUAGCGAUAUACUACAGGACAGACAAUGUCCCAUGGGAAUCUGCUGACAAUAUUUUCCCAGGACGCUUUCUUGGAUUUUCGGUAUACAUCUCGAACACAACCGACAAAGAUGAGGGGCUUCUAUGUUUUAAAGAUACAAACUUCACAAGAACUACAAUACCGAGUGAUGUUACAGUAGAAUGUGUAAACCAUGGACGAUAUGUCAUUUAUUACAACGAGCGACUCCCAUGUGUUACAUACCCUGUUGAUUAUUCCAAGUACGCAUACAACGAACUUUGUGAACUUGAAGUUUACGGAUGCCCAACCUUGGGUUUUUAUGGAGAAAACUGUGACUUAGCAUGUCCACGGAACUGCCAGGAAGGUCAUUGUAACAUUGUGAGUGGAAGUUGUCUGGGGUGUGUUACAGGUUACAGAGGAUCACGAUGUGAAGAACCUUGUUCUAAUAGUCGACACGGAAUGAAUUGA